UAUUAUACAGAAAUGAAAACAAUAAUUUUAUACACAUUAAGUUUUUUAGAGGCUGGGUUUCAAUUAUUGUAGUAAAAAGUACUGCACAUGAGCAAUGAACGACUGCAACAAAGAGAAUCGGAAAAGGAGGGGUUUGGGAUUUGGAGGGACAAGCAGUGAUUGGUUUUCAUUUGUCAUCGACUCUAACCAAUAGAAGAGGAGCACGCUCUCUUAAAAGCUGACUCUCGAAUUUGAGCGAUGUUAUUUCUGCGUCAACGUGUAGAAAUUGUUUAACAGGUAUCAUGAGCGGGAGAGGUAAAACCGGUGGCAAAGCCAGAGCAAAGGCUAAGACUCGCUCCUCUAGAGCAGGACUUCAGUUCCCGGUCGGUCGUGUUCACAGACUUCUCCGCAAAGGAAACUACGCCGAGCGCGUCGGUGCCGGUGCUCCGGUUUAUCUGGCCGCUGUGCUCGAGUACCUGACCGCUGAGAUCCUGGAGUUGGCCGGAAACGCCGCUCGGGACAACAAGAAGACCCGUAUCAUCCCCCGUCACCUGCAGCUGGCGGUGCGUAACGACGAGGAGCUGAACAAACUCCUGGGCGGAGUGACCAUCGCUCAGGGCGGCGUGCUGCCCAACAUCCAGGCCGUGCUGCUGCCCAAGAAGACCGAGAAACCCGCCAAGACUAAAUAAAUUACAGCGGUUUCAUUUUAAACCCCAAAGGCUCUUUUCAGAGCCACCCACUUUCACUAACAAGAGCGAUUUGAGCCGUUGGUUCUAUUACACUAUUAAGUUAUAUUUAAGAGGUACACACGAUUUGCGUUGUUUUUGUUAGACAUGAACGGCAUCAAUAGGGCGAA